UUCACAAAUUGAGAACCAGGGAGACACAGAGAUACACACCACAGCAGCUAUAAUGGUAGCGUCAGCUCUCUCGGCGAGCGUGAGCUUCUCCGUUUCUUCUCACCGCAGAAGCCGCUCUCGUUCCGUCUUUUCUAACAGACACUCCACGAGCUCCGUCGUCUCUUCCUUGCAAAGUCCACAUGGAUUGUCUAGUAUAGCUCCUGGGUUAACACUAAAGCUUGAUGAGAAGAAUUUUCUUGAUUCUUAUCCAAGGUCUACUGCUUUUCCCAUUUUCCUGAUAUAUCUAAACUGCCCUGGUGGUAGCACCUACUCUGUAUUGGCAAUUUAUGAUUGCAUGUCGUGGAUAAAGCCUAAAGUUGGCACAAUAUGUUUUGGGGUAGCUGCAAGCCAGGGAGCACUUCUUCUUGCUGGUGGAGAAAAGGGGAUGCGUUAUGCAAUGCCAAAUGCACGUAUUAUGGUACAUCAACCACAGAGUGGAUGUGGGGGUCAUGUGGAGGAUGUGAGACGCCAAGUAAAUGAAGCAGUUCAAUCUCGCCAUAAAAUUGACAAAAUGUAUGCUGCUUUUACUGGUCAACCUGUUGAGAAAGUGCAACAGUACACUGAGAGGGAUCGUUUCUUAUCUGCUCCUGAGGUGCUUGAUGGGGUGCCAGGAUGGGGGAAAGAAAAGGAAUCCAAUUCUCGGCAGGAAAAGUGCAAGCUAGAGGUCACUGUAGAAGGCUUAGCUGCCUGCUUUUUUAGCCAAUAUAUUUAAUUUGAAAAAAGCAUAUCCCUUCUUCCAUUUUACUUUAGCUGCUGGCUUCCAGAUAUUAUUUUAAAAUUCUGAGUCGGCUUCCAGAAUUUUAUAAGCCACCAAAAAUUCUAAAUCAGAGCUUCAUCAACUACAAAAAUGUUAUGAAUCAUGAUAACCUUGGCAGUAGGCAAGAAUAUCUAAGCCGGGGAGUCCUCUGUAAAACUGAUAUUUCUUUGUCUUGCAUAUAUAGCUCUCAAUAGUGUCCUGAAUAUCAUUGGUUGUUGCUAAUUUUUGGGUCCUGGAUUUAUCUGCAAUGCAACUGCUUAGUUCUUGAGCACAGGAGUUGACACAUGAAAUUACUAACUACACUACUUUUA